AUGAUGGCGUAUAUGAACCCGGGGCCCCACUACUCGGUCAAUGCCUUGGCCCUGAGUGGUCCCAGUGUGGAUCUGAUGCACCAAGCAGUGUCGUACCCAAGCGCCCCCAGAAAGCAGCGGCGGGAGCGGACCACCUUCACCCGGAGCCAGCUGGAGGAGCUGGAGGCCCUGUUUGCCAAGACUCAGUACCCGGAUGUGUAUGCUCGCGAGGAGGUGGCUCUGAAGAUCAACCUGCCGGAGUCCAGGGUUCAGGUUUGGUUCAAGAACCGCAGGGCCAAAUGCCGCCAGCAGCGUCAGCAGCAGAAGCAGCAGCCACAGCCCCCUGGGGCACAAACCAAGGCUCGACCGGCCAAGCGGAAGGCAGGCAUGUCGCCAAGAUCCUCCUCGGACGUCUGUCCAGAUCCCCUGGGCAUCUCAGACUCCUACAGCCCCCCUCUACCCGGCCCCUCGGUCUCCCCCACCUCGGCCGUGGCCACGGUGUCCAUCUGGAGUCCCGCCUCGGAGUCCCCUCUGCCCGAGGCCCAGCGGGCGGGGCUGGUGGCGGCCGGGCCCCCUCUGACCUCCGCGCCCUACGCCAUGACCUACACCCCUGCCUCUGCUUUCUGCUCUUCCCCCUCGGCCUACGGGUCUCCGAGCUCCUAUUUCAGUGGCCUGGAUCCUUAUCUUUCCCCCAUGGUGCCCCAGCUGGGGGGCCCGGCCCUCAGCCCCCUCUCCGGGCCCUCCGUGGGCCCCUCCCUGGCCCAGUCCCCCACCUCCCUGUCAGGCCAGAGCUACGGUCCCUACAGCCCCGUGGACAGCUUGGAAUUCAGGGACCCCACAGGCACCUGGAAAUUCACCUACAACCCCACGGACCCCCUGGACUACAAGGAUCAGAGUGCCUGGAAGUUUCAGAUCUUGUAGAAGCCAGCUCUGUCUCCGCGCCUCGUCUGAACCGGCCCCGGGAGGGUGUCCCUGGGGAAGCAGGGCGGAGGUUGGGGCCUCUCUGGCUUCGU